GGUCUUUGUUAUGGGUAGAUUUUCAUCCACACACAUACAUAUGAGAAAAGAGCAAAAUGCAUGACAGUCGUUCACUCACUGUGACGCGGAGUCAAUAUUAGUUUAUUGAGGUAACCCAGCGUUUAGGAUGGAAGAAAAGCAGUAUACGCCAUUGACGGUUCCCACGGAUUAUUUCCAACAGUGGUACCAGUCCAGCCAGCAGCAGCCGCAGGCCCAACAAGUGUUGCACUACCCCAGCAUUGGACAGUAUGCAGCAGGAUCAAGAGAAGAGCCUGUCAUAACUGAGCUGUCUGUCCACCAUGAACUACCUCAUCACCAGGACAUCCUAUCACACCAAAACUACCGCCCAUUCCACCACCAAGAUUUAGGCUAUGAACAGAACUUCAGGGACCACCAACAGCCUGCUGUCCAGAAUGACAUUCCUCAUGGGUUCUUGGGGAACCAGGAGGAGACAAGCAUUGAACACCAGCCUCGACCUGUUGGUCCACAGCAAGGCAUGGCUGCAGGGAAGAGGAAGAGAGGGAGGCCUCCCAAACAACAGGCUGGGGAGGGCAAACUGCAAGAAGAGGAAGGUGAUGAGAAUGAAACCACGAAGAAGGCAAAGAAGGCUCUGAACCGUUUCAAUGGCAUGUCAGCGGCUGAAGUCAUGACCAAAACCCUCCCGGACAUUAUUACCCACAACCUUGACAUUUUGAUAAUUGGAAUCAACCCAGGACUACUGUCAGCCUUCAAAGGACAUCAUUACCCAAACCCAGGAAACCAUUUCUGGAAGUGUCUGUUCCUCUCCGGCCUCACAGACGAGCAGCUCACCUACAUGCAUGACCAGAGCCUGCCGGAGAAUUACAGUAUUGGCUUCACCAAUAUGGUGGAAAGAACAACACCAGGGAGCAAGGACCUUUCCAGUAAGGAGAUUCGUGAAGGAGGUCGACAGUUACUCGAAAAGCUGCAGAAAUUCAAGCCUCGAAUAGCAGCAUUUAAUGGUAAAGGCAUUUACGAAAUCUUCUGCAAAGAGGUCUUUGGUGUUAAGGCGAAGAAUCUUGAGUUUGGUUUACAGCCGUACAAAAUUCCAGAUACUGAAACGGUCUGCUACUUAAUGCCUUCGUCGAGCCCGCGCUGUGCCCAGUUUCCCCGUGCUCAGGACAAGGUACAUUUUUACAUCAAGCUGAAGGAACUGCGUGACCAAAUGAAGGGCCUGGCACCCAUCCACGAUGUGGUGGAGACUGAGUAUUCCUUUGACCUGCAGCUCGCAAAAGAGGAUGCCAAGCGGAUUUUGAUCAAAGAGGAGCAGAUGGACCCAGAGUACGAGAACUGUGGCAGGGCACACACGGAAUCAACGCAAAGCACCAGUUAUUGCACAAUGACCACCAACACCGAGACAGGAACGGACAGUAAGAGCUAUUCAACAGGCCACAUAGCAUGUAACUAAUGGAUGCCUCAGUCGUCUGCCAAGCACAUUCCUGAUGACAACUCUCAUAGUAGCAAUGUACCUCCGAGCAGAAACGCUGUGAUGACGACACAGAAGAAGGAACUGAGAGAAGUCAUUGGGUAGAAGAAUUUCCUGACGCAUGUCAUGACUACAUAAGUGUCACACAAGGCGAAAAUGGCCUACCGUGCCUGGACUACCAUUAUCACAUUUUCUCAGACUUCUCAUGAUAUUGGUGUUUUACUUUGGAAACUAUUCAUUGCAUUUGAUACAGCAUGUUUGUCCAGUGACUUAUUUUUAUAUUAUCUAAGAAUGGGAUUUUUCUGAUUUAAUGCUUGUAUAGAUGUCUAAAUUCACUCUGGAAUUUAUAAAUUAUAAUUACAGAGCUAUUAAAUCCCUUGUUAAACUAGCUUUAACAUUUUUGUUGUGUGAUUGUAAACUCCCCAUGUUAAUCUGUAAUGUAGUGUAAAAUGUUUUGGGAGGGUGUCUUAGAGUUGACUAAUGUGUUUGUAGAAACAAAUCAAGCUUUCAAGACCUGUAUGAAUACAAUCUUUCAGUUCCAAAUGGAAAAAAAAAAACUACUUGGUCUUGGGACAAAACAUUAAAAUUUCAUAUUAAGGUUAGUAGAUGAGAUUAAAAAAAUGUUCAAUUUGCCUUUUUUUGGUUACUUUAAACUCAAGCCUCAGUUAGGUAAACUCUCAAGUGUCAAACAAAAUAAGUUGCAAAUGGUCCAUGAAGCAGAAAUUCAUGUUUUUCCACCUUCACAUGGUUUUAUCCUUCUCAGACUUAAAUAUUCUAUCUGGACAUAUAAACUGCUUGCAUCAUAGGCAAGAGUAAAGGGAUUUGUGCUGUUCUCGGGAAAAACCAGCACCAUGUCAUUUUAGUGAUUAGCAGCCACCAACCACUGGAUAAUAAUAAUAAUGAUAAUAAUAAUAUUUUAUUUGCAUAGCACCUUUCAUUGUCAG